AUGACAGAUGACAACAAGCCGGGCUCGCUGGGCUUCUUCUCGAGUUACGACGAUUUAAGCGACAGCAGCGAUGACUCGGACGAGGAGGCACACAGCAGAAAGAAGAAAGCGGGGACAGAGGCUGAGGGCAGCGGGGCACCGUCCUCCGGAUCGGCGGCCAAGCGGACAGCCGGUGGAGCUGCCUUACCCAGGCCCGACGAGCUGUUCAGCUCCGUGUCCAAGCCCACUUUCCUCUAUAACCCCCUGAACAAGGAGAUAGACUGGGACAGCCUGACUGUCAAACCCCCCGAAGAGGCUGCAAGAGAAUUCAAGCCAUGGAAGAUGAACGCCGUGCCGCCUCCCGAGAGCUACGCCGCAGAGCCCGAGAAGAAGAAGGGGCCUCCCCCAGGAAUGGAUAUGGCGAUAAAAUGGUCCAACGUGUACGAGGACAACGGCGACGACAAGCCCCAAGCGUAUUCUGGCAAAGCCCGGUUCUUACCUGAGGAGGAGCAGCCGUCUGACUCAGACGAGGAAGCUCAGCAGCCUUCGAUAUCCACCAAGAAACGGCGAGUGGAGACGUUUCAGCAGAAGGAGAAGAGGAAGCGGGAUUUGGGACAAGCCACCUCUGACAAGAACUUUGUAGAAGAGGAGAAACGGAUUCUCAGGCAAAAAGCAGAAUGAAGCACAAGUGGUUUGUAAUCUAAAUAUUUAACUACACCACAGAACAUUCACAGAUGUCACCAUUUAGGACAAGAAAGCAGCAUACUUGUUCAUUUCUAUUUAUCUGACGUGACGUGUCAGUUUUAAGAGGUUUGUCUUGAAUUUGGUUUCAAAUGUUCUGUUACUGAGGAAUAUGUAUGACAGUUUUUAAUAUCCAGGACAAAACCUGAUUGGGGAUUUAUUUUUUUUCUUAUUUGAGUAAUUUGCAGUUUUUCUGUGGUUAUUAAACCUUAAUCAGCUUCCUGCGACGCAGAUUAUCCAAAUUUUAGGAUAUAGCUUUUUACACAUUGCACACACAUUUACUCCUCUUUGAGUUAAUGGGACUUGGCUGUAAAGCAGAUGGAUAUAUUGCUGCUCUGAGCAGCAAAUAUAAUGCCAGAAAAGUUGAAAUAUCUGAAUUUAAAGGCGUAUUUAAGCUUCUAACAGGCUGAACACCAAACCUAGUUUGUUUUCUCUGUCUCCAGUAUUUUAUGUAAGUAAACUGUAACGUUUGACUGCUGUGGCUUUAUUUGUAUUUAGUCAUUUCUAUCAUUUCUUGAACGUCUUGUCAUUGCUGAAUGGUGGCUCUUUAAAAAACAUGUUUAAAUGGGAAUAAAUAAAUUUGUGAAAAUCA